AUGCAAAUUUUCGUUAAGACCCUCACUGGCAAGACCAUCACUCUCGAAGUUGAGAGUUCAGAUACCAUAGACAAUGUUAAGUCCAAGAUUCAAGACAAGGAGGGGAUCCCUCCAGAUCAGCAGCGUCUCAUUUUUGCUGGUAAGCAACUAGAGGAUGGGCGUACCCUUGCUGAUUACAACAUACAGAAGGAAUCAACUCUUCAUUUGGUGCUCCGUCUCCGUGGUGGGAUGCAAAUCUUUGUCAAGACUCUCACUGGAAAGACCAUCACCCUUGAGGUGGAGAGCUCUGAUACCAUUGACAAUGUCAAGGCCAAGAUUCAGGAUAAAGAGGGCAUUCCACCGGACCAACAGAGGCUCAUCUUUGCUGGCAAACAGCUUGAGGAUGGCAGAACCCUUGCUGAUUACAACAUCCAGAAAGAGUCAACUCUUCAUCUUGUUUUGAGACUUCGGGGUGGUAUGCAGAUUUUUGUGAAGACCCUCACCGGUAAGACAAUUACUUUGGAAGUAGAGAGCUCAGACACAAUUGACAAUGUCAAGGCUAAGAUACAGGAUAAGGAGGGUAUUCCCCCAGACCAGCAAAGGUUGAUUUUUGCUGGAAAACAACUCGAAGAUGGACGAACCUUGGCUGAUUAUAAUAUCCAGAAGGAAUCCACCCUUCAUCUCGUCCUUCGUUUGAGGGGAGGUAUGCAGAUUUUUGUGAAGACUUUGACAGGAAAGACCAUUACUUUGGAGGUAGAAAGUUCAGACACAAUCGAUAAUGUGAAGGCGAAAAUUCAGGACAAGGAGGGUAUUCCCCCAGACCAGCAAAGGUUGAUUUUUGCUGGAAAACAACUCGAAGAUGGACGAACCUUGGCUGAUUAUAAUAUCCAGAAGGAAUCCACCCUUCAUCUCGUCCUUCGUUUGAGGGGAGGUAUGCAGAUUUUUGUGAAGACUUUGACAGGAAAGACCAUUACUUUGGAGGUAGAAAGUUCAGACACAAUCGAUAAUGUGAAGGCGAAAAUUCAGGACAAGGAGGGAAUCCCACCAGAUCAGCAGAGAUUGAUCUUUGCUGGGAAGCAAUUGGAGGAUGGAAGGACCCUUGCUGACUACAAUAUUCAGAAAGAGUCUACUCUUCACCUUGUUUUGCGCCUUCGUGGUGGAUUUUAA